AUGGAUAAUCAAACAUCAAUAGCUACGUUUCUUCUCUGGGAAUUCUCAAAGACUCGGGAAAUGCAAAUUAUACAUUUUCUUCUAUUCCUGGCAUUGUAUGUAGUGACAGUAACAGGAAAUUUCUUUAUUGUCUUUGCAAUUGUUUUUGACCCCCAUCUUCACACUCCCAUGUAUUUCUUUCUUAUGAACUUAGCCAUACAAGACAUUGGACAAAUUUCAACCAUUAUCCCCAAAUCCGUGAUCAAUUCUCUCUUGACUAUCCGAACCAUUUCUUAUUCCGGAUGUGUUGCUCAAGUGUUCUUCUUUAUUUGCUUUGUAGGAUCUGAUAUUGCUCUUCUUACCAUCAUGGCCUAUGAUCGGUAUGUAGCCAUUUGCAAUCCUUUGCAAUAUGAAAUGCUAAUGAAUAAGAGAGCUUGCACCAAAAUGAUUGGUGGUUCAUGGAUCGCUGGCAUUCUCAAUGCUGCGAUACACACUACUGGAACUUUUAUACUUCCAUUCUGUUCUAAUGUUGUCAAUCAGUUCUUUUGUGAAAUACCACAGUUACUUAAGAUUACAUGUUCUGACAUAUAUCUUAAUGAAGUUGGGGUUAUAUUAUUUAUUGCUUUAAUUGUGUGUGGCUGCUUUGUAUUUAUCAUUGUUACAUAUGUCAAAAUCUUUUCCGCUGUUUUGAGAAUCCCUUCUGUCCAUGGAAGGAAAAAGGCUUUAUCUACAUGUCUACCACACCUUGUUGUCUUCUCUGUACUUUUAUCAACUUCAUAUGUUGUUUUCUUCAAGUCUCCAUCUAGCAAAGCAUCACUUUUAGAUUUGACACUUAGUAUGAUAUAUUCUAUCAUCCCACCACUGAUGAAUCCAUUAAUAUACAGCAUGAGAAACAAGGAUUUUAAAGUUGCUCUUUCAAAACUUUUAAUGUAA